UUCCUCCUAGCUGAACGAUGUCAUUUCCCGGAAGAGACAGCCAAGAGUGGGCCAUUCUCUUUAGUGUUUGCCUUGUAUGCCUUUUCCCCACCUCUUCACUACCAACAUUUUGAUCCAAAAUCACACGGGAAACCCUACACAAUUGGAGCAAAACCAAACCAAUACAACAUUUAAGCAACGUAUCCAAUGGAGUAACUAAGAACUGGACAGAAGGAUAACGAGGUGAGGUUUAUUAGAUGCCUCCUGACUAGCUAGCUAGUUUGCUUAGCUAGCGUCUCGAGCUACCUAGGCUAGACAUCCAUGAUCCAUCAAUUCCUGCAGGACAGGAGUUAGAUAAGCUAGCGGCUUCAGAUUUAUGCCGGAUUCAAACCUUUUAUUGCUAAAUAUAUAGUUCAUGACUGUUUUAGAAUAAUAUUUAAAAUGCUAAUACACAUGACAUGAGUGUCAAAUGUGUUGACGUCGCCCAGAUAAUUAGAUUGUUAGCUCGCUAGAUAUUUGGCUAGGCUAACUAGUUAGCUGCCGCCGGUACUUGACAAGCGUGCAAACAAAUGGCACAACUGCAAUAACUUGUCUAGCAAGACCGGGGCAAUCAAUAACACUUGACAACGUUUUGCAAAAACAAAAAUGACAACUAACGUGAGUGUGUAAUGUUCGUAUAUGAAACGAACAUUAACUAGCUCAGCUGGAUAUUUAGUUAGUUACUUGCCAACUAGCCAGACAGCUAACGUUAGUUGUCUAGGUUGGCUAAGUAGCUAGCAGAACACACCUUACAAAGAUCCUCCAAACGACUUUCUCUUGUAAACUUGUCCUCUUAGCAAGUUGGGCAUUAAGUUCUACAGUCUGUAGAGAAUGACGAUUGUCACAACAGCCAGAUGAUGUCUAAGUUACUAGCUAGCCAUUAUUGUAUUGCAGGGAAACAUAGUACAUAACUGACAGUUUAUUGGAUUUAUUGCGGUCCAUUCAUUCUUGUUUUAUGAUGCAAAUUUACAGCACCCUUAUGACCUUUUCAUGCAUGGGUGUUGUUAGGUGUUACAAAUUAAUUAAUCUGUAUCUCAUAACCUUAAAUUGCAGGGAACAAUCUACCCCAAAACAAACCCUCUGUCUAAACCAUUCUCUUUGUUAUCCUCUUUUCAGGCAGGGCUUUGCAGUCACUCACCUCAAAGUCAAAUAAACCUUAAACGUCUAUCGCUGCUGCACUGAAGAGUUCCCAUCUCGAACCUACCUACUGCCUGACUCCACCAAACCCAACUGGCCAGUAUGUCCCAGCUCCAGUUCCAGUGUCCGGGUAACCUUAUGUCGAGCGAUGCUGCCAGCCCCAUGCAGCAGCUGUCUCAACACCAGCCAGGGUACAGUAUCCCCUGUGCCUCUGGCCCCCUACCCUCCGAGAGCGCCAGUCACCCGCUCCUGAGCUCAGCCCUGCCCUCGGGCUCAGCCACUCCCUUCAGCCCCGCCUCCACAGGUCUGUCGGUGUGCGUGCGUUGUGUGUGUGCACCAAAGCUGUAUGUCUGUGUCUCUCUCAAUGGACUUAUCUGUUUUUGUUUAUUUGUUUUUAGUAUCUAACAUGGCAAACCCUAAAGAGAAGACCCCCAUGUGUCUGGUGAAUGAGUUAGCCCGUUUCAAUAAGAUCCAGCCUGAGUAUAAGCUGCUCUGUGAGCAAGGACCAGCUCAUUCCAAGGUAACUCAACAACCCAACCACUGACACUCACUAGCAAGCAUGGGGCAUGUUCAUUAGAGUACACUCACUGUAGCAAAGGGUUUUGCAACUGAAAACAAAAGCAAGUGUUUCUUGUUGAAGUUUAACUUCACAUAGUACCUCAUCAUUUCUGGCCUUUUUCUGUAAUUUUGUGCCUACUGAACAUAACCCUAGGAGAUCAGUCAUCACUGUGCAUUUUUAUGUCUACCUCCCUGCUCUUAAAUACUUGUUCAUUUCAAUAACAGAGAUGUGAAUCCCUCUCUCUACUUCUCUCUAUUCUGUCUCUUUUCUUCCUCCCCCAGAUCUUCUCAGUGCGGUUAUCGCUGGGGGAUCAGCACUGGGAGGCAGAGGGGACCAGUAUAAAGAAGGCCCAGCACUCUGCAGCUGCCACAGCCUUGGCCCAGACCACACUGCCCAAACCUAGCAUGAAGAACAACCCCCGCAACAACACAGGCAAGAACCCAGCACGCCUGGCCAUGUGUGCAUGCGUAUUUCUGAGAGAGGCUCAGGUCAUCACUUUGAGUCGCUGAGUAUCAUGAUUGGGGAAACAUUGAUAGUCAGUGGCGUUAAGUAGUCUACAUUCAAAAGAGUUUGAUCACCAGGUGUAUUCAAGUUUUGGUCCCUAUUGUUCUGUAAUGUUUGUGUUUUCUGUUGUGUGUGUCCUAACACAGUAGAUUGCAUGACACACACGGUGGAGCUGAAUGCCCUCUGUAUGAAGCUAGGGAUGAAGCCCAUGUACAAGCCCAUAGACCCCUACCCUGGGAUGAGACCAUCCAGCUUCAACUACAACAUCAGGGCCCCAGGGCCUUACCAACGCUCCAUGCAACAGUAUGUCCACUCUGGGGAGGGUCAUUAGUCACUCUCAGUAAAAGCUAUACCUGAGCGUCUCCUGUCUUCUCUGUGUGGUCAGGUACUACUACCCGUUUCCCCCGGUGGGGCCGGUGCUGUACCACAUGGAGCUGAACAUCGGGGGCCAACAGUUCCAUGGGAAGGGGCGCACGCGGCAGCUCGCCAAACACGACGCCGCCGCCAAGGCACUGAAGACUCUGCAGAAAGAGCCCAUACUGCUGCAGCAGCUGCCUGGGGUCAGUCAGAGCUGCCUGGGGUCAGUCAGAGCUGCCUGGGGUCAGUCAGAGCUGCCUGGGGUCAGUCAGAGCUGCCUGGGGUCAGUCAGAGCUGCCUGGGGUCAGCACUGGAGGGAAAUUCUGGUAACUUUUCCAAAGUUCCAGGGUUUUUCCAGAAAUCCUGGUUGGAAGAUUCCCAUUUCUAGGAUUCCUUCCUUGCUUAUUCCCUUCUGUUUCUGGGAAUCCUCGAACAGGAAUUCCUGGAAAAAGUUGGGUGGAACUUUGGGAAGGUUUCUAGUAUUUUACCCACAGGGCAACACCUGCUACAUGGAUCACUACACCUGUCUGCUUCACAAUGUGAAGGAAGGGCACAUAUGUGACUCAAUACUGCCACACAAAGCAACUCCGCUGUAUCAUAUAGCCACGCCGCUGCAACAUACACAACUGUCAGACAGAAUGUUUUGACACAAACUUUGUUGAUUUCAGACUAAUGGAGAAGACACAGAGAACUUCAAUAAAUCAGAAAUCAGCCAGGUGUUUGAGAUCGCACUGAAGAGGAACAUGCCUGUCAACUUUGAGGUAGGCUAUAGUCCUGCAUUGGCUUAGCUAAAAGUCAUUUAGAUUGAUCAAGUCCAGUUUGAACAAAUAAUUGUUUCUCUCCUGGUGACAUACCUUUACAUUGCUAAGCCUUUUUCGAAUUAUUUGUCUUUCUCUAACCUCCUCCCUCCUUUCCUUCUCUGACCCACAGGUUCUGAAGGAGGCAGGUCCGCCUCACAUGAAGAGCUUCAUGGUGCGUGUGGCGGUGGGGGAGUUCUGUGGUGAGGGCGAGGGCAAGAGUAAGAAGAUGGCUAAGAAGCUGGCAGCUACAGCUGUGCUGGAGGAACUGAGGAGACUGCCCCAGCUGCCCCCCAGCGUGGAGAAGAUUCAGCCAGCACGCAUCAAGAAGAAAACCAAGUCCAUCGUUAAGGUGAGAGGACCAGGGGGAUGAGGUCAGGGAGAGUAGAGAGCGAUAGAGCAUCUUUAUUAUCCCAGAUGGGAAAUUUGCUAGCUAACAGUGAGUAAAGGAACAGUUUCUAAGGAAUGUUUGUUCUCGUGUGUAAUGCCUAAUAUCUCUCUCAUUCUCUCUCUCCCUACGCCCCUAGCUGCAGACCAGUCCAGAGUAUGGGCAGGGCAUGAACCCCAUUAGCAGACUGGCUCAGAUCCAGCAGGCUAAGAAAGAGAAGGAGCCAGAGUACAGCAUGUUAACAGAGAGGGGGCUGCCCAGACGCAGGGAGUUUGUCAUGCAGGUAAGACAGGAGGCUCAAAUAGCCUAGUCCUACAUGCUCUUGACCAAAUCAACCCCAUAGCGCCUAUUCUCGAGGCCUAGGGCGCUUGUAGAGGUCUAAGGGGAUUGAACAGGUGUGAACAAAUAUGGCAAACAUGACACCGAUCCUAUCAGAGGGCAAUUUAGCACCAUAUUGCGUAUGCCUAUCUAGGCUAGUUCCCUCAGAUCUCCAUAAGUGUCUAUGGUCGGUUUUGGGACCAAUCUUUCCUCUCUUCCUGACCUGUGGUUUUGGUCACCAGGUGACGGUGUGUGGCCAGUGUGCGGAGGGCAUGGGCCCCAGUAAGAAGGUAGCGAAGAGGAACGCAGCAGAGAAGAUGCUGGAGCUUCUAGGUUUCAAAGUGCCUCAGCCUCAGCCCCACAAACCUGCGCUCAAAAUGGACGAAAAGGUACAGUAGGUCCCAAAGAGCCACCAGAGGCAUCCCAGCCAGACAUCUGGUUUAGUUAGACCCUAAUCAUGUGCUCAUCUAGCCAGCAGUAGAGAGUUUGUGUUGACUUGAAUGACCAUUGAGCAGCCAACUGACAUGUGCUCUUUCUGUUGAUCAUGUGACCCAAGGUCCCGCAGAAGAAAAAUGGAGACGGGAGGAAAGUGACCUUCUUUGAGCCGGGCUCUGUGGAGGAGAGCCAGUCGCUGGGUGAGUGGUUCAGGGGCAGGGUUGCUUUGAUAUGGACUCAGAUUUAUGUAGUAGACUUUGCUUUUGGAUUUGAUAUUAGAGAUUUUACUUAUUUGACUUAAACCCUUUUGGCUCUUUGGGGAGCAUAGGUAAUUCACAAUCUUCCUCCAGCGGGCUUGGUGUUGUGCGGGAUGACAGAUUUAGUAUUUUGACAUGAGGGAUGCUUUUACAUUACAUGGGUGUUCCAUCCCCUAUUCUCCUUCCUGCCCAGUGUUUUACAUGUCUGUCUCUCUGGCGCCCCCUAUCUCUCAGGCUCCAAGGCAGAGGACUACCGCCAGCCCUACCUCAGCCACCAGCAGCUCCCAGCAGGUAUCCUGCCCAUGGUGGCAGAGGUGGCCCAGGCUAUAGGGGCCAGCCCCAGUCAGGGGCACCAGAACAAGGGCUACGGCCCCCGGACCAACCCAGCCAAGGUGUGUGUGUGUCAGUAUGUGUCUGUGUCUAGUGUGUGUUUUUAGUUAUCGACAUUAGUCUUGAUGAUAUUAUUUUAGCUCGGUUUCCUUUGUAUAUUUAUUUUAGUCCUGUGAUGUUCUCUGUUACUUCUUGAAUGUUUUGAUGAAAUGUGUCUUUGUAUAAAGAUAAGCACUAUGCAAAUAAACUGUUAUUAUUGUUAAAGCUGCAAUAUGUAACUUUUUGGGUGACCCAACCAAAUUCACAUAGAAAUAUGAGUUAUAGAUCUGUUGUUCUUAUUGACAGCAAGUGUAAGAAGCGAUAUCUGUUCAAUGUGCGCUUUUUCUAUGCUUCCCGUUCUUAAGUUUUGUUUUUGCGUCUUUUAAUUUCAGUGUUGUACAUCAGCUUCAAACAGCUGAAAAUACAAUGUUUUUGGUUAUUUAAAAGAUAUGGUACAAUGAUUCUCUACACUAUACAUUGCUUGUUUUGUCACAUAAACUGAAAGUAGGCAUACUAUUAGAAUUUUAGCAACCAGGAAAUGGCGGAGCGAUUUCUGCAUAUUGCACCUUUUUAAUGUUAUUAUUAUAUUAAGGCCACCCUGACGGCCAUGAUCGCCAACGAGCUGCUGUACGCUGGUACUUCCCUGACCGCCGAUACCAUCCUGAAGAGUCAGAACGGUAUGGCUCAUCUAGUACCUCAUGGACCCCUGACCAGAACCUCCGAACAGCUCAGCUACCUAGCCAACGUACAAGGCCUGCAGGUAAACACAGACGCGCGCAAGCAUGUGUGCGAACACACACAAUGAAACUUUUUAUUAAUGUAUUCUGGAUUGUUAGUAUUAAAAACCCUUUGUUUUUUUCCUUGCAGGUGGAUUACAAAGACUUCCCCAAAAACAACAAGAAUGAAUUUGUAUCGCUGAUUAACUGCUCCUCCCAGCCGCCUCUUAUCAGCCACGGCAUUGGCAAGGACGUGGAGUCCUGUCACGACAUGGUGAGACACACAGACAACCACACUGAAGGAGCUCUGAUGGUUAGACCAGAAUCUUUUUCAUUAGGGCACACCAUAGCUAAACAUUUUGAUAUGGGGGGAAAAAAGCAUAUUGGACAUGUUCAGAAUGUACUUCCCUGUUUCACCUGUGCCCUCUGAACACGACCCAGAUGCUUUAAAUCAGACAUAUAUUGGCACUAGCACUAGGGAAAUUAUGAUAUAGGCUAUAUCAAAUGUUCCAAUCCCCCCCCCCCCCCCCCCCCCCCCAUCCACAGGCAGCCUUGAAUAUCCUGAAGUUACUGUCAGAGCUGGACCAGCACCAGCACCAGCAGCAGACCAAUGAAAGGACAGGGAGCAGACCAACCUCUGGGUAAGACCACAUGUCUGAUAGGUCAGAUGUGGACCAGUAUGAGAACACUAUUAUUGCGGUUGAAUAAUACGUUUUUUCAUAGGGUUGCAAAACUGGGAACUACUUUCCCUACUUUCCCUCCAACCGGAGAAUUUGGUCUGUAUGACUUGGUAACGCUGAUCUGUCUUGUGUUGCUUCUGUAGGUGUGGCAAACAGGACAUGGACGGCAGCGACUCUCUCCUUAUCAAACAGGCUAACUCAAGCACCUUGGGACAACAGACUCUGGAUGGCACUGUGUAGGCAGAUGCACACCAUUGGUUGUUUGAAAGAAGCACUAAAAGAAAACUCUGACACUGUGUUCUGAUAGGCUGUUUUAGAAUUAUACAGGAAGCUCAGGGCAACUGUAGGCUCUAAAGCAUCACUAGUGUUUAUAUUAUAUUAAAUGUUCCAAAAUGUUCACAGUUAAACAAGAUUGAUAGAAUAAAAAGUAAGUUUAUUUCCUCCUCCUUAAUGUUGUUUAAUUGUACACAUUUAUAAUUUUUUGGUUGCUUGAUAGAAAAAUGUAGCUGCAUCGUAUCCGAUAUGUAAUGGCAGUCCGCUCUGUUGAGAUAGAAUGGGAUAAUGUUAUAACUGUGAAAAGAAGCUUUGUUUUGAGUAGAAGCGUUUUCUCUCUUUUUUCCCUUUUCUGUUAACGAAAAUUUAUUUCUCUUGUUUUUAAAUGUUGUUUUAUUGUUCUUCUUUAACCCGGGGCCUGGAAUUCUUGGUGGGUUGUUCACAAACAUGGCUUCAAAAACAUUUGGAAAUAUUUCAAAUACUUUAGUCUGACUGGAGUGCCAGAUGGACAGGUUUGCAGUUAAGCCACUAUUCCAUUUGUUCCAUUGUGCCAGGCAAGCUCAAUCAAUCCCAGCUAAAGUAUUUGAAAUGAUUUGAAAUGGCUUUUGAACCCAGGUCUACUGUAGUUGUUACAAUAGUGUUUACUUGUGAAGUAUGUUACCCCAUGGAAGGAUAGGAUGCAGCUAGCAAACCACUGUUGAUUUUCCUAGAGUGCUUUAUAACAACAACAACCACCACAAGUGAACAGUGUUUAUUUACAUUACCAUGUAGGACUGGGAAGGUUUUGAGACUAAGUGUAGCGCGUGUGUGUGUGUGAUGUUGUCUAUCCCCACUGAGAGGUGGCGGGGCAGUAUAAAUCUGUGUUGCUCUCCCCUUUCGUCUCUCCCCCUCCCUCGGUGUCAAACCACCUCUCUGCUCCCCAUGGAAUGUAAGUAAAACGUGUGUGCUGUCACGAACAAAACAAAA